AUGGCCGCCCAACUCUCCAACGGCGCCGGCGCAGGCGCAAUGCCAACAACGACAUCCUACCAAGGCCUCCCGAUAGGCGAGCUCCCCAAGACAUGGACCUACACAUCCUCCCUCCCGCCCGACGCAAUCUUCCCGACGCCAGCCGACUCCCACAAGACCCCGCGCGACCAAAUCGCCCCGCGCGGCGUUCGCAACGCAGCCUUCACCUGGGUCCGCCCCGAGACCACCGAGAACCCGGAGCUCCUCGCCGUGAGCCCGGCCGCGAUGCGCGAUAUCGGGAUCAAACAAGGCGACGAAGAAACAGAGGACUUCAAGCAGACCGUCGCGGGGAACAGGUUACACGGUUGGGACGAGGAGAAGCUUGAGGGCGGGUACCCCUGGGCGCAGUGCUACGGCGGCUUCCAGUUUGGGCAAUGGGCCGGUCAGCUGGGUGAUGGAAGAGCGAUCUCGCUGUUCGAGACGACGAACCCGGAGACCAAGACCCGGUAUGAGCUGCAGCUCAAGGGCGCGGGUAUCACCCCUUACUCGCGGUUUGCAGACGGCAAGGCGGUGCUGAGGUCGAGUAUCCGCGAGUUCGUCGUCUCCGAGGCCCUCAACGCCCUCGGAAUCCCCAGCACGCGCGCGCUGUCUCUGACGCUGUUGCCCAACGUCAAGGUCAGGAGAGAGACGGUCGAGCCGGGUGCGAUUGUGCUGCGCUUUGCGCAAUCCUGGAUCCGGUUGGGAAACUUUGAUCUCCCCCGCGCCAGAGGAGACCGCGCCAUGCUCCGUACGCUGGCAACCUACGUCGCGGAAGACGUCCUCGGUGGCUGGGAGAAGCUCCCCGCCCGCCUCGAGAACCCCGAGAAACCCGCCGACUCUUCCCUCCACGAGCCCGCGCGCGGCGUCCCGGCAACAGAAACCCAGGGCCCAGACGAUGGAGCCGAGAACCGCUUCACCCGGCUCUUCCGCGAAGUCGCCCGCCGCAACGCCCUCACGGUCGCCAAAUGGCAGGCCUACGGCUUCAUGAACGGCGUGCUGAACACGGACAACACCUCCAUCGCGGGCCUGAGCAUCGACUUCGGUCCCUUUGCGUUCAUGGACAACUUUGAUCCGGCUUACACGCCCAACCAUGACGACCACCUCCUGCGGUACAGCUACCGUAACCAGCCUACUAUUAUCUGGUGGAACCUUGUCCGCUUCGGCGAGGCGCUUGGCGAGCUCAUCGGCGCAGGAGCCGGCGUGGACGAGGAUAAGUUCGUCAAGGACGGCGUCGAGGAGAGCGAGUCCGAAGUCCUUGUCGGACGGGCCGAGAAGCUCAUCAUGCAGGUUGGCGAGGAGUACAAGGCGCUCUUCAUGGCCGAGUACAAGCGCCUCAUGACGCUGCGCGUCGGUCUCAAGAACUUCAAGGAAAGCGACUUUGACGAGCUGUUUAGCGGGCUGCUGGAUACCAUGGAGACCCACGAGCUGGACUUCAACCACUUCUUCCGACGUCUCAGCUCCGUCAAGCUAUCGGAUAUUGCUACCGAAGACGCCCGCCGCGAGAUGGCUGCGCGGUUCUUCCACGCCGAGGGCGCGACGACUGGCAGCGAGGCCAAGGGCAGGUCUGAUGUCGGGAACUGGCUGGAUAAGUGGCGCGCCCGCGUCGUCGAAGACUGGGGCGAAGACGGUCAGGAUGUCGAGCGGGAGAAGGCUAUGAAGGCUGUGAACCCCAACUUUGUGCCGCGUGGCUGGGUGCUUGAUGAGAUUAUCAAGCGGGUUGAAAAGGAUAGCGAGAGGGAUGUGCUGAGGAGGGUUGUGCAGAUGGCGUUGCAUCCCUUUGAGGAGAGCUGGGAUGGACAGGAGACUGACGGUCAGGAGUACAAGGGUGACAAGGCAGAGGAGGAGCGGUGGGUUGGAGAUGUGCCCAAGUUGAAGAGGGCUAUUCAGUGCAGCUGUAGCUCAUAG